AUGUCGCGCGUUCACCUGCACGAGGAGCUGGCGCUGUCGGGUGAUCGUGUCGAGGUGCAGACGCGCCACGGCCCGAUCAAAGGCGGGCUCGCUGCCAAUGGUGCAGCCGUCUUUUUAGGUGCGUGCAUCGUGUCCAAUGCUACACUCAAACCCAGAGCGCUGAGUGCCUCCGAUGUUCUCCGAUGGCGCGGAUCUUCAUUCAUAGAGGUCCCAUACGCACUCCCCCCAGUGAGAUUUCAAGAUCCCGAGCCACUGCCGCCAGAUUACCGCUAUGAGUCGAAGGACUACUCGGUGGUGUAUCUUACUGUGACUUUCAACGAGGUAGAUUGUGCGCAGCCGAAGAACGACGGGCAGGCCGCAGGUUCUCCGUUCGAAGAUAAGGUCGGACUUGGGAGAGUGUCCGAAAAUCCGUUGUUUGUGAACAUCGUGUCGCCGUCCCGCGUCUCGUCUGAUUCCAAGUUCCCCGUGAAAGUUUACAUCCAUGGCGGAUUCCUGCAAUAUGGCUCCCCCCAUGGAUUAUCGGGGCAGGCGCAGUACGUUGCCGCGGGACGAUCGGAAGUAUGGGUAAACAUUGGGUACCGUCUCUCUGUGCUUGGAUUCUUGGCGUGCGAUCAGCCACCUGUAAGCGGGAACUUUGGAUUCAAAGAUCAAUGGCUUGCUUUAUUGUGGAUCAGGGACAACAUUGAAGCGUUUGGAGGCGAUCCUAAGAAUAUUCAAGUCUCUGGUCUGUCUGCUGGGGCACACUCUGUACACCAGCUACUGCACCACGUAUCACGCAUGCCUGAGGGUGUGGACUCGCCUUUUCAAAGUGCCGUCCUUCAGUCGAACGCCAUAAUGCUCAACCCCAAAACACCUACAGAGCUGCGUUCACAAUUCCGCGCUCUCUGUGAAGCACUCAGACUUGAUCCCGACGCCUCAGACGUUCUUGCCACGCUACGUGAUCCGUCAAAGGUUACCACCUCCGCGUUGUUGCAUGUUAUUGAGACAGAGGAAGUGGGGGUUUUAAACAGCACCUUCCGCGGAUGUUUGGACGGCUCUUGGCUAGCAACAUCACCCGACCCAAUGACAUGGCAGCGCACAGGCGGGUUUGCUCGCGCUCUCCGUGCCAAGGGUGUGCGCAGCAUCGUCGUUGGAGAGCUCACCGAGGAGUGGUACCUGUACGCCAUCGCCCACCCCGUAAAGGACUUGACGGACGCGAUCGGGAACAUGGGCCGGUACUACCCCAUGGAGGUUGUAGAGAAACUGCUCGCGUUCUACGACAAGCCGAGCGAGGAUGCAUCCGCCAACGACGCAAAACGAUUCAUGGGGUUGGUACUGAGCGAUGGGCAAGUCUAUCUGCCCGUGCGGUUGCUCGCACGCGACUUGGCAGCAGCAGGUUUCCCGGUUCUGCGAUACCAGAUCCGCUGGACGCCUGAGCAGGUUAGGCCUCCGAGGGGUUACGUGACUCAUGGGACGGAUCGUUCAUUGUGGACCCUGCGCUUGCCAAGCCUAGAUGAGUCUCAAGCCGAUGUAGCGCGUGCGUGGUUGGAUUCCAUCGUAGAAGAGACAAAGGUUGUCGAGACACAAGGAAACACGAGAGGAUUGCACGAAGUGCUCGCACUCAACGAGGAUAGAACGAUUGGCUGGAGGGCGGACGACCGGUGGGAUGAGCUCAUACGGCUUCGUGUCGCUCUGCCCGGGGAAGUCUGA